GUGAGUGAUCCUCUUCCUUCUCCUUUUGCAGCAAUCCCAGGACCCGUGCAUGGGCAUGCAGCUUUUUUUGGUCACUUUACUGUGCAUGCUCGAAGACCAAAGGAGGAAGAGGACUGCUCGCUCACGUACACCAAUGCUGGUGCAGUUUUCUCACCUGCCGGGGUUUCAGGGUUGACUUCAAUGUCCCAAUGAAAAAUAACCAGAUUACAAACAACCAGAGGAUUAAGGCUGCUGUUCCCAGCAUCCAGCACUGCUUAGACCAUGGUGCUAAAUCUGUGGUUCUUAUGAGCCACUUGGGCAGACCAGAUGGUGUCCCUAUGCCUGACAAGUACUCUCUGGCACCAGUGGCUGAGGAACUCAAAGCUCUGAUGAAGAGAGAGAUUGUCUUCUUGAAGGACUGUGUGGGUCCAGAGGUGGAAGCUGCAUGUGCUGACCCAGCCCCUAGAACAGUCUUGCUCCUGGAGAACCUACGGUUCCAUGUGGAGGAAGAAGGGAAGGGUAAAGAUGCUGCUGGGAACAAGGUUAAAGCAGAUGCUGCCAAAGUAGAUGCAUUUAGAGCAUCUCUUUCUAAACUUGGAGAUGUUUAUAUCAAUGAUGCUUUUGGAACUGCACACAGAGCUCACAGCUCAAUGGUUGGUGUAAAACUGCCCCAGAGGGCUGCUGGCUUUUUAAUGAAGAAGGAGCUUGAUUACUUUGCUAAGGCUUUGGAGAACCCCGAGAGACCAUUUCUCGCCAUCCUUGGAGGUGCUAAAGUAAAAGACAAAAUCCAGCUAAUCAAUAAUAUGCUUGAUAAAGUGAAUGAGAUGAUUAUCGGUGGAGGGAUGGCCUUUACAUUCCUGAAGGUUCUCAACAAUAUGUCAAUUGGAAACUCUCUAUAUGAUGAAGAGGGAGCAAAGAUUGUUAAGGACUUGAUGGCCAAGGCUGAGAAGAAUGGAGUGAAAAUUACACUUCCUGUAGACUUUACUACCGCUGAAAAGUUUGAUGAAAAUGCUGGCACAGGACACGCCAGUGUCUCUACUGGAAUUCCUGAUGGAUGGAUGGGACUGGACUGUGGUCCAGAGAGCAUGAAGCUGUUUGUGGAAGCUGUGGGCAGAGCCAAGCAGAUUGUAUGGAACGGUCCAGUUGGGGUGUUUGAGUGGGACAAUUUUGCCAAAGGAACCAAAGCUGUAAUGGACAAAGUGGUAGAGGUCACUGGCAAAGGUUGCAUUACAAUAAUUGGUGGAGGAGACACUGCUACCUGCUGUGCUAAGUGGGAUACUGAGGACAAAGUGAGCCAUGUCAGUACAGGAGGAGGAGCUAGUCUAGAGCUGCUAGAAGGAAAGGUCUUACCGGGAGUUGAUGCUCUGAGCAAUGUGUAAAGGCACCACAAAGAAUCUAUAAAACGGUUCAAUCCGGAGUCCUAAGGAAUAAGCACUGAAACCAGACCAGAUGAGAUGCCCAAACAGAACCCCCACGCACUUUACGGAAAACAACCCACAGUCCUCAGCUGAACAUUUCAUUUAUUUUUUUUAAUGUUUGGGCAACACCCCUUCCAGAAAUUGUAGUUGUAGUGGGGUUAAUGUUACAGCCAUUUCGUCAGUAAUCCAUUUGCACCUUAUCUAGCCAGGGUGCACUGCCGUAUGUUCUAGGUUCUCCUUUAUACUAUGUACUGUGUGUUGUGCAUUAUAGAUGUGUAUAUAUUGCCCUGUAAAAGUCUCUUCUGCAUUACUGUACCUUCACCAUCUUCAUAUUUGUUUACUGGUUUACAGGAUUACAAUAUAGGCUCCUCUGUUAGAGCUGCUCAAAAUAAAACCAUUACCUUAUCCUUUCA